AUGAACACGCCCCACGCCCCCCGAACAACGACGGCCCUGUCCCUCGACAAUAACUCUCACGACGCAGCAAACAACUCUUUCAGAGGUCGUGAUACCUCCCUUCGCUCAGCUUCCCGUCCCAUACCCGUUUCAGCUCAUUCGUCUUCCCGUGCCGGUGCAUCCCUUACACCAAACCACCGACACGACCACGCCUAUGCUACACUAUCCACCAGUCCUCUGUCCUCCUUUACGCUUCCCGAUGUCUCUGUCACCACGCCGCCGCUUGCUCAUUUCCGCGCCGAUACAAUAGCACCUUCUUCCAUACAAGACGGCGAACUACCGCCUGCGCAGGCAAACACAUUGGUUAUCGGGUCACCGGCUGUCCCGAGACGCUCUGUCAGUCCUGUCGGCUCCUUACGUAUCUCAACUGAUUUCGCUCGGCGCCCGACGACCCCAGAUCGCCGCGAAUCUUUUAACAACAACGGCAAUGGCAGCGGCUCAUCACGAGGCUCGUUGACGUUGAACCACAAGGCUUCGUCCAACAGCCUACACCCUCUUUCAAGAACUCCGAGCCUGAAGGCUGCUUUGACCAACAGUCUUGGAUCAGUCAGUGGAACGAGUAGCCUCGUACCUAGCCCUAUUAUUUCUGCUAUGGGAGAUAUGACACCUCUUCCGAGCCCGCUCAUGUCGGGUGAUUCUCCAGGACCCUGGAAGAGGCUGAGUGCAGGUUCUUCGUCACCACCCCAAAAACGCCUCACAAGUGUUGGGGAGGGCUCUGUUCUGGUCACGAGUACGGGCGAAUCGAUUGACGCAGCAAUUGCGCAUGGUGCUAAACGCAAAAUAUAUUCAUCUCUCGAGCCUGGCGACCAUGUACAAAUACAAUCAUCAACAAACCAGCCACCAAAACACCAUACACGAAACCGAAGCGUUAGCGAAUAUAAACCUGAUCCUAUGAACAUACCCAAGAGACAAAUAUCAGUCUCUACACGACCAAAUAAGGAAGCUCCUGUACGAGAGCCCCAGAUCCGACGAGAACUCAACCUGGCUGAAUCACGAGGACUUGCGCCUACGGUCGUCCAACCGCCAACCCCUCCUCCUAGUGAGUCAUCGCGAGAUUCGGCCGACGGAACCAGCAAACCCAUAGGACCCAGUUUCGAGUACUUUGAAGCGAACGGGCGUAAUGAUAAGAAGCGACGACGAUGGCGAGCCGUGCGAAUGCUUGGUCAGGGAACGUUCAGCAGGGUCAUGCUGGCAACAAGUCAGAUAGAACCCGACGACGACUCACCUGAAGUUGACCACGGAAGGCUUACACCGAAACCCGAGCAAAGCCUUGAUCGCAAGUCGCUGGUCGCAGUCAAAGUCUGUGAACAUGGUCCAAAGGGAGGUGCCAGCGAGGAACGUGUGGAAAUGAGUCUGAAGCGCGAGCUUGAGAUCAUGCUCUCCAUACACCACCCCUCGUUAGUCGAUUUAAAGGCGUGGAGCAUUGAACCAACCCGAGCCAUUCUUGUCUUGAGUUAUUGCCCAGGAGGCGACAUGUUCGAUAUUGCUACAUCACACCGCGCUGUACUUAAAGAGCCUUUGCUGCGAAGAAUAUUUGCCGAGUUGGUCGGCGCGGUGAGCUAUCUUCAUGAGAGGAGGAUUGUUCACCGAGAUAUAAAACUCGAGAAUUUGCUUGUUAACCUCACCCCCUCUGAACUUGCGGAUCCGUCAAUCGAUUGGACGACUUAUCCCUACUCAGUAGUCAUCUUGAGUGAUCUAGGGCUCUCGAGACGUAUCGCAGAUGAUGAGAAACUCGAGACUCGAUGCGGAUCUGAAGACUACGCAGCCCCUGAGGUCAUCAUGGGUCAACCCUACGACGGCCGAGCCACUGAUGCUUGGUCGCUUGGUGUACUUCUCUACGCCCUUCUCGAGGCACGACUUCCGUUCGACCCUCACCCCGGCAUGAGCGAUGCGCACCGCAUGCGUAGCCGUACUAGUCACCGCAUUGCCAGAGUCGAAUGGAAGUGGGUCGAGUAUUUUGGCGAUGACACUGACCAUGAUGGUGAUGAGGCCAAGUUCAAGGCGAAGGGUCUCCUUGGUGCCAUGGAGAUCACUGAAGGGCUAUUGAGACGUGCCAGGGGUCGAUGGACCGUUGACAAGGUAUCAAAGACGCCAUGGGUCCAGGGCGCAAUCAAUGUCGAGGGCGGUUUACGCUUUCGGGAAGAGAAGGACGGCGAAGAAGUCUCUUGA